AAUCACCUCCCCUGAUACCAAUGUAAACAAACUUCCCUUUUUCUAAACUUGGCUUUACUUGCAGGUUUCUGCACUGGACAGCCGUUAUUCAGACAAUGCCGCUGGGAAUCGAUAAAUCUGACUUUCUACAAGAGAAAAACAAAAAGCUUGAGCGAGAUUUGCGAACAAAAGAUGAGCGUAUUGUUGCCCUGGAGACAGAGAACGCCAUGCUGUACCUCAAGCUGGCCCAGAUGCGUAGCAGCCUGCAGUGCAGCCGUGAGGAGGUGUCCGGCCUGCAGUCCCAGUACGACAGCGAGACCAAGUUCAGACAGAAUGUCAUUGAGUCUGCGUUGAAGUUCAAACAGGAGCUUGAGAGCAUUAAGAGAAAACUUGCAGCCUUACAGCGUGUGGCAGUAGACCUGCCAAUACAGUUCCAGAAUGACAUUAAGCAUGCAAAUUCGGUGGUCCAGCGACACCGCCACCUGUUUGUUUCGCAAACUUCGAGCCUGUCCACAAUGCAGGAGCAGCUGAGUCAACUGCAGGGGUCACUGCAAGACAUCACGGAGCAACACGCCAAGGAGAAGAAGAGACGCCAGGAGCUACAUAACGUCCUCAUGGAGUUACGAGGCAACAUUCGAGUCCACUGUCGAGUCAGACCUCUGAUGGACUUUGACUGCGGAGGGGAAGACACCAAAAUGCUGGGAAGUUCUGGUACCAAGUCUGAAGUGGUGGUGCACUAUAUGGAUGAUGAAAAUGUUUGUGUGCGGACUACAAAGCACAACAAAGUGUUCGAAUAUGAAAGAGUGUAUUCACCCGAUGAGUCCCAGGAGUUUGUGUUUGAUGAAGUGCAGCCUAUGAUGACAUCACUCCUUGACGGGUACAACAUUUGCAUCAUGGCGUACGGGCAGACGGGCAGUGGUAAGACACACACGAUGCUGGGCAGCCACAAGAACGAGGACUACCAUCUGAGGAUGGAGCCGCAUAAAGACGAGGGUGUCAUACCCAGGGCCGCUAGAGAACUCUUCAGGUUAAUUUCAGAGAAGCCUGAAGGCACGAUUUCUGUCGAGGUUUCAGUCGUAGAAAUCUACAACAACGACAUUCGAGACUUGUUAAGUGGCGACCCAAGUGCCAAACACGAUGUCAUCACAGGGGCAGAUGGCUCUCUUAGCAUUCCUACCCUAACCUCAAGUCCACGGACCAUAGAGCUUCGCAAACAGCUUGUGCAAAAGAAAGUUGACAAGAUACAGGAUGUGAUGUCAUUUGUGCAGUAUGGCCUCCGAAUGCGGCGUGAGUCUGCCACGAUGGUGCACGAGCACUCAAGCAGGUCUCACCUAGUUGUGACCUUGACCGUGAACUCUCAGGCCCCCAACUUCCUGUCUAAACCUGCCACGCCCUCACCUGCACCGGACGUUCCUGAAAGUUUCAAACAUAUGCUGAUUCAGACACAGUACUACCCAGGCAGUCUCAUUCCGUAUGCAGUGCGAGCAGCCUUGCUGGCCAACAUUGCCCUCGGAACUCCAGUCAUAAUGGGCCGCCCAUCAACAGCUCCUGCGGGCGGGCGUGACAGACGUGGACGGUCAUUGUCACUCAUGACAACCGCAAGCUUUGAAUCACCGCCCCAGUCUCCCAUUGUGCCAAGUACGCCUGCAGUAAUCCGCACCAAACUGCAACUUGUGGACUUGGCAGGCAGCGAGUGUGUUGGUAUGUCAGGUGUGACAGGGGUAGCUCUGCGUGAGGCAUCCAACAUCAACAAAUCCCUCUCUGCCCUGGCUGACGUGCUUGGGGCCCUGGCGGAACAUCGGCCCCAUGUCCCCUACCGCAACAGCAGGCUCACGCACUUCCUGCAGGACUCCAUUGGUGGAGACGCCAAGCUCCUUGUCCUGCUGUGUGUUGCGCCGGCUCAGCGCUAUAUUACAGAGACCACUCAGUGCCUGGGGUUUGGACAGCGAGCGAGGCAGGUCCAGAGGGGGCCCACCAAACGACGUCUGCCCUCGUCUGCAGAGAAAGUGGGAGGAUUUGGAAAAGCUUCAUUUAGAUGAUGGACUGCUGAAUUGUGUGUUCAGUGUUUAGAGAGAUUUCUAUUUUGAACUUCACUGCAUUUAGAUCGUUUUUUACUGUCAAAAUGCUUAAGUAUGCUUCUUCACUAAUGUAAAUUGAUUUUUAAUUGUCACAAAAUGUUUUGGAAAAUUAGUUGAUGUCAAUGAGAAAAAAAAAUACAAAACGAAAAUUUAUAAAAAUUUAUGGUUUGUCUCAAUUAUGUUAAAGAUUGAUUUAAGUCUUUUAUUACUUGCUUUAUUAAAAAAAAAAAUGUAAAUACUUCAUAAACAUGUAUUAGUCGGAAGGUUUUAAAAAUAAAUACCUUUUGGCUAUUAAAACAUAUUGACAAUACAUACUUGUUUAAACUGGUUAUGGAAUUCAUGAGAAAUGUUAAAACUGUUUUACAUGUGCUCUGUUCUUAACAAACAAAAAUAUCAGACAUAUUUUUCAUACCAUGCAUUUAUUUAUAUAAACAUGAUUUUGUUACCAAUUUUAGUUGACUAUGUUCAGUACAUGUAAACAGCGUAUGCUUAUUAUGAAUUUGUCAUUUUUGUACAGUCUCCAGUUGUUUUUUUUUACAGUUGGCUGUGUACAAUUACUAGUUUUAUACAGAUACUGCUGUGAUAGCCCAUAUUCAACAAAUUGUGUGUUUACAUUAUUAAAAAGUGUGCCAAAUUAA